GACACAGAGAGAGAGAGCGCAAAUGAGUAAGAGAGAGACGCACUGAGAGGGACAGAGAAACAGAGAGAGAGGAAAAGAAAGAGAGAGAGAGAGAGAGAGAGAAACAGACAGAGAUCGUGUGAGUGGUAGGUACCUUGGAUUAACGUGCUGCGAGAUGUAUUGCAAACAAUGUGACAGGGACAAAGGGGAGCCUGUUUAAAGCAGGUUUGCUCUCCCUCCUCCACCCCCCUACCAUGCCCAUUCUAAACAAUUUCAGCACAAAAGGAGGAGAGUUCCUUCGGUCUCCGAUCCCAUUCUUCCUCUCCAGCCCUGAUCAGAAUGCCACUCCGUCAGCAUCUUCCACCUGGAUCAGAAGAUGAGGUCCCGUGUCCCUAGCGACGUGCCGGCACUGCGUCCCCCAAAUCCAGGAACAUUUUUCUUUGCCAUCUGGUUACCGGGGUUUAUCAGUGAAGUGAAAGCAUGGCUAUUGGUUAAAUGCGUGAUCCCACCUUGGAACCUCUAAAUCAAGGUUCGAGAAGAACUCCAUCAUCCCAAGGCAGGAAACAACCUUCAUAAAUGUUCAAAGUGUCCGACGCCUGAAAAAUGAGCGACACAUAUGUGCGGACCACUCAACAGAUUGCCGACUGAAAGACAGGGGGAAGGCACUGACAGUUGGCGGCUCGUCCCCCUUACAUGACCGACCGCGAGCCCUAGCCGGCGGAAGGCAGCGACCGACGAGGAGGAGCCGGGAUGUCGGCGGCGGCGAGCAACGGGACGGACGACGGCCCGUUCGCCACCGGGCAGCCCCUCAACUCCACCCUGGACUACGAGGACUUCGAGCAGGAGCACGACGCCAGCAAGAUCGUCAUCCCCUCCAUCUACGCCCUGGUGUGCUGCGUGGGCCUGACGGGCAACGCCAUGGUGAUCUACGUCAUCCUGAAGUACGCCAAGAUGAAGACGGCCACCAACAUCUACAUCCUGAACCUGGCCAUCGCCGACGAGCUCUUCAUGCUGAGCGUGCCCUUCCUGGCAACCUCGGCCGCGGUCCGCCACUGGCCCUUCGGCUCGCUCAUGUGCCGGCUGGUGCUGAGCGUGGACGGCAUCAACAUGUUCACCAGCAUCUUCUGCCUGACGGUGCUGAGCGUGGACCGCUACAUCGCCGUGGUGCACCCCAUCAAGGCCGCCCGCUACCGCCGGCCCACCGUGGCCAAGGUGGUCAACGUGUGCGUGUGGGGGCUCUCGCUGGUGGUCAUCCUGCCCAUCAUCGUCUUCGCCGACACCGUGCCCGCCCAGGACGGCGGCGUGGACUGCAACUUCCUGUGGCCCGAGUCGUCGUGGUCGGCGGCCUUCGUGGUCUACACCUUCCUGCUGGGCUUCCUGCUGCCCGUGGUGGCCAUCUGCCUGUGCUACUGCCUGAUCGUGGCGCGCAUGCGCGCCGUGGGGCUCAAGGCCGGCUGGCUCCAGCGGCGCCGCUCGGAGAAGAAGAUCACCUGCAUGGUGCUGCUGGUGGUGGCGGUCUUCGUGGUCUGCUGGAUGCCCUUCUACAUCGUCCAGCUGGUCAGCGUGUUCCGGCGGCCGCCCGACCCCAUGGUGACGCAGCUCUUCGUCAUCCUCAGCUACGCCAACAGCGGCGCCAACCCCAUCCUGUACGGCUUCGUCUCCGACAACUUCCGCCGCUCCUUCCAGCGCAUCGUCUGCUUUCGCUGGCUGGAGAGCGGCCUGGAGGCGGAGCAGGUGGACUACUGCGCCGUGGCGCUCCGGCGACAGGCCACGUGCGGCCCGCGCGACUUCCCCCGCGACUGCCUGGCCUCGGACGUGGCCUACCGCAACGGCACCUGCACCUCCCGCACCACCACCCUAUGAUCCGGGCCCCAGGUAGACAGAACACACACCUGCGUAGCGCGACCUUUUCGAACACGCUCGUCUGAUAACAAGGGACGUCGAGCGUCACGAUGAACCAGGCUUGUUUUUUUUGUUGUUUUUUCUUCGAAGCGCAAGUCCAGCGCUUUUAUGAACAACUGACCUUAUUUAUUUUGAACUUUGGACAAACCUAGUGUGUUCAUUUGACAUAGACUUGAUUUGAGGCGCAACCCCUUGAGAGCAUUUUCAGUGAUUUCAGGGUAUAUCAGACUGCCUGAAUGUUGUUUAGAGUGUUGAUGAGUACUACUGGCCUGUCGAUCAGCUUAUUUGUGACCAUGUGCAGUGGUGCAAUCUCAUUCGCUGCAGUGAGGAAGACCUUUUUUUGUUUUGCACUUCAUUUUAAACCAAAGUACAGUAUCAAAGCCCCAUAACACUGGAUGACAUUUACGCGCUUAUAGAUCUCUGUAUUUCCGUUGAGCUCCAGGAGGAACUGGCUGACAAACAGAUCAAUGAAACAAUGACAACCAAACACCCCCCCCCCAAAAAAAAAGCCCUUUCCACAACAUUUGUCUUUGCUUGUUUAUUUAUUUAUUCAUUUGUGUACAUUUGUUUAUUUGAGUGGUUAAGGCCCGGCAGCUGGGAAUGAUCGCAGUGAGUAUAUCUGCCAUGUGCUUACUCAGCAGACCAAACACAUAAAGUUCAGAUUUCUGGCUGGGGCUGGAGUGUGUCUGGCCGCAUUAAACACGAAACAAAAAUUGCCGUGGCCAGGAGAUUGCGGGCGCCAAUCCAGGUUGAGGCACUGCCACACUACCCCUUGGACAGGGUCCUGAACCAGAUUUGGAAAAGAACACCGUCCAAAACUCUAAAGUGGAGCUGUCCAACCCUAUUCCUGGAGAUCUACUGUCCUGUAGGUUUUCAGUCCAACCCCGAUCAGGCAUGCCUGAUCCUAUAUCUGAUGCUAAUUAGCAGCUCAAUGAAAACCUACAGGGCGGUAGACCUCCGGGAACAGGGUUCGACAGUCCCGCCCCCUAACAGUAAUGAGAUGUGAUGCUAACGCAACGAUCCGGCAUUAAAUAAACACAUCUGCUCUGUGGGUCCCUUCCCCACACAGGCUGGGAAAAAUGCCUCUUUCCUGCUGCAUAAACGCUGUCAGUGCAAGAUAAAGCACUGCAGCAUUAUUGAAACAUUAUCUUUACCCAGCUGGGCUAACCAAUACAGCAAUUCAGCACCGCUCAGGGUCAGCGUACCGUAAAAAAGAACUCUCGGUGUUAUCGAUCUCCACGCAUUCCGUGCGUCAUGUUUACAAGCAGGCCUGAACGAGAAAAAAAAAAAAAAAAACACACACACAUAAGCCCGGAUUAAAACCUCAAGCCCGUUUUCGGCAUUUUCAACAAAUUAUUUGUCGCAAUUCUCCCCACAGCCGUGUUCCCAUCACCGACACGGUCUGCGAUCGCAUGUCUUCUGAAAAGCCCGACUGGUUCCUUCAUCUUGGUUCCCCGUCCCUGUUUUUCGGGGAAGUGCGUCGGCCCCAUCGCCGUGUUAUUUGAGCAGACGUCCAGCGUGGUCUCCUUCCUGACCGCGUGUUCUCUCUCAGACUCAGUAAAAGUGCCUGCACUGCAGUCACUGUACGGAGUGAGACGCUCGAGAGGGUGCGACCGUCUGCCCUGGAAUAGCCCGGGUGAGCCCGGGGACGCUUGCAGUCUGAACACAAAUCGAUCUUUCCCUCUUUUCUUCCUGAUUAAGGGGGAAGACAUCCCUCCAGUCUCACCCCCCUACCCCCCCCCCCCCCUCCCCAACCCCAACCGACACACAUCCUAAAUAACACGCACCCCCUUAUUACGAAAGAACAACCCAGUAUCACGCUCAAGUUCUUUUGAUUUAGCCUUUCCGGCUGGCUCAGCUUAGCUGCUGAUUCGGCAAAAUCAAGUUCACAGCUUCGAUUUAAUGUCCUUGGGGGAUACUGCGGAAAGGGGGGUAACUCUGAUACGAAGCACAUGUUGGACUGCUGUACUCGACAUUAUCACCAAUCACGACGUAAGCAGGUGUUUACAGUGUGCCACGCGUGGCUUGGUGCAGUGUCACAUGACACCUUCAACACUUCCUGUCGUAUACUUCACUGAAUGCCAUUUGCUACAUUGAACACAAUAAAACAGACAUGUAGCCUACAGAUUGGUCGACAUGCAUUUACAAAAAAGCAAAAAUCUGAAACAUAUGUCAGCCCUCCCCCCCCAACUGGACUUGUCUAGUUUUCCGGUAACACGUUCAUUUCCAUGGGACUAUUUAAAACAUGAGAGGAUAAAAAAUAAAAUAAAGAUUUUAAGCAAAUGCUGCUUUAUUCAUUUACAGUACAUAAUUUCCUUGUUUUCAAGAAGAAACACUUGCUUAAAUCUGUUAAUCGGCAGUGACCAUGAAGUGUUUGUUCUAAAAUGCAUUCCACAGUAAGAGCAGAGCUGUAAUGUUUGUUGCUUUGUGAUAACUGUCUGACAUGACUGUUUUUGACACCACACUUAUCUCAAGAUUCAUCCUUGCAGGCUUUUUUUUUUGGCUUUCAUCUCUUCCCCUAAGAGUUUUCCCUUUUAUUCAAAUCAACUUCUGUGGAAUAUGGAGUUAAUUGUUCUGUUAUUCUUUGCCUUCAUUAAAGCAAACAUUGAAUGUCUUGACGGAGGAUUUUUCUGGAUUCAUUUUGACAACCUUAAUUUAAUUCACAUACAUUUUGGGAAAAAUAACAUUGAUGCUGUGUUGCUUGCUCCCACACAUUAAAUAAUGAGUAUAUAAUAUAACAUAACUGAGUUGACACAGCUCCCUACCUAAUGAGGACUAUUAAUCAUUAACUAACUGUUUACUAACCAUCAACCAAUCAUUAUCUACUAAUGAUUUCAUUUGAGUCUGGGGAUAUAAAUAGGAAUAAUGCUAACUACUACCCAUAGGCUACACUUCCUAAUCCUUGGUUGCAAUGGUUUCACAAAUGCCCAAGAAAACAUUGUGAAAAAUAUGGUUGUUUAAAAAAUGUUUUUAGUUGUUCAGUUAUUGAUGGACACUAUCCUCACCACUGCCAUCAAUGUGGGGGUGCCUAUUACAACACACAGCAGUUGGAUUCCGCAUCGUCUGCGUUUACUGGACAGGUAGCCUUUUUUCCACGAACGCCAAGCUGUACAAGUAAUGAUGGUAGAGUGAGUCCUCAUAGGCUGCGUAACGGAUCAUCGCAUGCAGUCGUUCACUUAUAUGAACCAAUCAAACUUGCGUGUUUUCGAUAGUCGCACAGUGCCGUUGGUUCAAAUCACAUCAAGGUGCUGACAACACAGUUUCAAUUUAAGAUUCAAGGAGCCUCAUUCUUCUGUCCAAAUAAUUUGCUGAAAGCACCAUGGCUCUCUGCUCGACUAGUUUUCCUUCUUGUUCUUCUUCUUUCUGGACACCCAUAGAUGUGAUUUGACUGA